AUGCGUCUCAUUGGUGACAUAGAUCAUGAAAAUAGCUGGCAAAGUAAAAUAGAAACUUUAGGUCCAUUUGCUUUUCUUCUCUACUAUUAUUUAUCUUACGAAAAUCUAACCCAUCGAACAAAUAACACCGUGUAUCGAGGUGCUCAAUUGACCGAUGAAAUGAUCGCUGCAUAUCAUUAUGUCGCUCGUAGCAAAGAUCCACGAAGAUCAUUUCAAGCAUUUACAUCGUGUAGUCGCAACCGUGCAAAAGCCGAACAGUUUGGCAAUGCUUUAUUUGUACUGAAUGCUGAAAAUCAUAUUUCAUAUCGUACGUUGAACAUGGACAUUUCUGCUCUAUCUACUUAUCCGGACGAAGAAGAAAUACUCAUACGACCAGGACGAUCGUUUAAAAUUGAACGUGUUGAAUUCAACAAGACGAAAAACAAACAUAUUAUCUAUUUAACGUCGAUAUCAACAAGCGAUGCAAACUAA